CUUCCACACUGUGACUCAGCUGGAGCGAACGACUCCAGAGUCCAAUCCUGCCUGUGUUGAAUUCAGCUGCGCAGAAUGAAAAGUAGAUCUUUGUUCAGACCACUUCACCUGCAUCCAGCCAGGAGGUUUUCGAUAGACGACCAUUUGCGUUCAUCCCCUUCGCUAUCACGAUGGCCAACCCGAAGGUGUUCUUGGAUAUGACCAUUGGCGGUGCUCCCGCUGGACGGAUUGUGAUUGAGCUGUUCAAAGACGUUGUGCCCAAGACAGCUGAGAACUUCAGGGCUCUUUGCACUGGGGAGAAGGGUAUUGGCAAGUCUGGCAAGCCCCUGCACUUUAAGGGAAGCAGUUUCCACAGAGUGAUCCAGAACUUCAUGUGCCAGGGUGGUGAUUUCACAAGGGGCGAUGGCACCGGUGGAGAAUCGAUCUAUGGAAACAAGUUCCCGGAUGAGAACUUCAGGCUGAAGCACACUGGCCCUGGAGAUUUGUCCAUGGCAAAUGCUGGUCCCAACACCAAUGGUUCGCAGUUCUUCUUGACGACCAUCAAGACUGAGUGGCUGGACGGCAAGCACGUUGUGUUUGGCAAGGUUGUCGAGGGCCUGGACGUGGUCAAGAAGAUUGAGGCCGUCGGUUCUCAGAGCGGCAAGACAUCCAAGGCGGUGGUUGUCGCUGACUGCGGGCAGCUGUCUUAGAGUGUGUUGUGAGAAAGACGUAUGAAAGAUGAGUUAGGCAAGCGUUUUUUGACACUGCAGCGGUAGACCGUGGUUUUUGCCGGAGUGAUGUGCUCCAGACGCAUUUCUGUGUGUUUUGCAAUGUUGUCCUGCCGCUUUUCAUUGCAUGAGGGGACAAAUACCAAAAUGGCGAAGCUCAUCCCUCC